UAUUCUAUCCACUGAGAGUGAACAAGGAAGAGCACAAACUGCUAUCUUCUCCCAUGGCUUCUGCAACUAUGGCGGUCUCCUUCCGACUUGUACAUUCACCAUUUUCUUUCCGCCCUACUCGACUCACUUCUAGCUCUGUUCGACUCGCUCCCUUCAACAAGGCUAGUUCUUUGAAGCUUAGCUCAUCGCAAAGCAUUUCUGGGCUCAAUUCGAUUCUACCCCAGAAACUCUCCGCAUUCACUCCUAGCCCUAAUUUCCCUCGCUCUCUCACAAUUGUCGCUGCCAAAGGCUACAAAAUGAAAACCCAUAAGGCUUCGGCUAAGCGGUUCAGGGUGACUGGCAGAGGGAAAAUAGUUCGGAGGGGAGCUGGAAAGCAACAUUUACUUUACAAGAAGAACAACAAGAGGAAAUUAAGACUCUCCAAAAUGCAUCCAGUCUGCAAAAGUGACUAUGACAAUGUGAUUAAAGCCUUGCCAUAUCUGAAAGUAAACAGAAAUGCCAAGUAGAGGUGACACUUGAGACCAAUCGCAGAAGCUUAUUAGAUUUGUAAACUUGCCAUUUUUUUUUCGAAUUUUGUAGAUGCUUUCUUGAUUAUUUCAUUUUCCUAAUCAAUGAUACUUGUUUUCACCCCACAUGGGAUUUCCUUUUA